GAUUAACUUGUAACUUCUAAUCACUUCGAAUUUGAUCAAUCAAGCUUUCUAGAAAACUUUAUAACUUUUCAAUGUGCAUGUCUGCAUUCUAUUGCAUCUGCAUGCAACAAUGCAGUCUAGAUCAUUCGUUCACAUUGGUUCACAUAGAAAUAAGGAUCCGACAAGUAACUAUUCGUUUCCGUGGUAACGGAUCGAAUGUCAAAACAAAUCUUUGAUUUGAUGUCAAAGUAUUCGCGCAAUCUUAUACUUUUUGCUACAAUUGUUAAAUUGUGCAUUUUUAACUGAUAAACAAAUAAAACAAUAUGAGAGCUCAUCCAACAUGGGUUGAUAAAGUUCAAGACAAAACACAGCAAUGCAUAUAUGAUCUCUGUUUCAAUCCUGAUGGAUCACAAUUGGUAGUUGCUGCUGGACAGCAAGUACUGGUUUAUGAAACUAGUGAAGGUGGUUUAAUUCAACCACUCAAAGGGCAUAAGGAUACGGUGUACUGUGUUUGCUAUGCCAGAGAUGGAAAAAAAUUUGCCUCUGGUAGUGCAGACAAAAGUGUGAUAAUAUGGACAUCAAAACUUGAAGGAAUUCUAAAGUAUUCGCACAAUGAAGCUGUACAGUCUAUGCAAUUCAAUCCAGUAUCUCAUCAACUUUUGAGUUGUUCUUUAUCAGACAUUGCAUUCUGGUCUUCAGAACAGAAAGCUGUUCAAAAAUACAAAUCAGGUGGAAGGGUGAAUUGUUGUGCAUGGACCAAAGAUGGUCAAUAUUUGGCUAUUGGUUUAGCGGCUGGAUAUGUGUCAAUAAGAAACAAAAAUGGAGAAGAAAAAACGAGAAUUGACAGAUCCAGUGGGACACCUAUUUGGAGUUUAUCAUGGAGCCCUAUUAAAGAUGAUACAGUAGAUAUACUGUGCAUUGCUGAAUGGUGUGGCACGUUGUCAUUUUAUACUAUCAGUGGAAGUCCAGUUGGACGGGAUAGAUCUCUUAAUUGUAUUCCAUUGCAUGUCACACAUUUUCCAGAGGGUCAAUACAUACUGGUUUCUGGUAGCAAUAAGCGAUGCCAAUUAAUGACUCAUGAUGGUAUACAAUUAGCUAACAUUGGUAACAUAUUUUCAUCCUGGGUUUGGAGUUGUGCUGUUCACCCAGCAUCAUCUCACGUUGCGAUCGGUUGUCAAGAUGGUACCAUUACGUAUUUACAAUUGUCCUGGAGUACAGUUCAUGGAUUGUACGGUGAUAGAUAUGCGUAUAGAGAAAAUAUGACUGAUGUUAUAAUUCAACACUUGGUGACAAAUCAGAAAGUGCGAAUUAAGUGUAAGGAUCUUGUAUGCAGAAUUGCUGUAUAUCGCGAUAGACUUGCUGUACAAUUACCAGAGCGUGUAAUAAUAUAUGAGCCUUCUGGAAACAGUGAAGGAAUGCAUUAUCGUAUUCGGGACAAACUUGCUCAAACACUCAAUUGCAAUCUUCUAGUUGUCACAACGAAUCAUUUGGUACUGUGUUUGGACAAACGAUUACAAAGUCUCACAUUUACUGGUGUUAUUGAAAGAGAAUGGAUUCUCGAUGGUUCCAUCACGUAUAUUAAAGUAGCUGGAGGUCCAGCUGGUCAGGAAUGCUUGAUAGCAGGAUUAAAAACGGGUCAAGUUAUUAAAAUAUAUUUGGACAAUCCUUUCCCUGCGCAUUUGGCUAAAGUAGAAGGAGCUGUGAGGUGCUUGGACAUCAGUUCACUGAAAGAAAAACUUGCGGUAGUCAGUGAAACGGGUGUCUUGUCAGUAUUUGAUUUACAUACAGAAGAAAAAAUACGAGAAUUUCAAGAUAUUACCAGUGUAGCAUUCAACAGCGCAUUUGAAGAUAUAAUGUGCUUUUCCGACGCAAACAAUUUGUCCAUAAAAGUUGCACAAUUUCAGGAAUACAAGCAAAAGUUUUCUGGUUUUGUAGUCGGUCAUAAUGGAUCAAAACUUUACUGCUUGAAUGGAUCAUCAAUCAUCACAAUAGAAGUACCUUUAUCAUCAUCGAUGUAUCACUACUUAGAAAUUGGUCAGUUCGAAGAAGCAUACGCCAUAGCUUGUCUGGGAGUUGCAGAUACGGAUUGGCUUGCAUUAGGCAUAGCUGCACUUGAUAAUCUAGAAUUAAAUAUCGCCUACUCAGCCUUUGCGAGAAUCAAGAAGCUACGUUAUAUAGAAAUAGUAUCAGAGGUCGAAGAGAAACUAAAAUCUGGUGAAUGGGGACGCGAAGCUUGUAUGGCCAUUGCUGCUGCAGCAAUGGGUAGACUUCGCGAGGCUGCAAGAUUAUAUCAAAAAGCAGGAUUACAACAAUAUGCGUUGGAUAUGUAUUCUGAUUUGAGAAUGUUCGACAUGGCACAGGAGUUUAUAGCCAGUGGCGAUACACAGGACCGAACAGUAUUAUUACGUCGUAGAGCAGAAUGGGCAAAAAGUUUAGGAGAGCCACGUGCUGCUGCCGAGAUGUUUCUUUCCGCAGGAGAUAUACAGCGUGCGAUAAAUAUUAUAGCAGAAUAUGGAUGGAUCGAUAUGCUCAUAAAAGUUGGCAGACAACUGGAUAAGGCUGAAAGAGAAAGUCUUUCUAUAAUAGCAAAGAAACUUCGACAGUUGGGAGCCACUCACGGCGCUGCUGAAAUAUUUAGUCGUCUCGGUGAUGAUCCUGAUGUAGCUGACGUACUCGUCGACGCGCAGGCAUGGCCUGAGGCUUUCGAGUUGGCUGAAAGGAAUCCAAAACUUAAGCCUCAUGUGUAUGGACCUUAUGCUAGAUGGUUGGCUGAAACCGGACGUUUUUCAGAAGCUCAACAAGCUUUUCAAAUGGCUGGCCAGCCUGAAGAAUCUAUAGCUGUUCUGACAACGUUAGCCAGAAACGCAGUUACAGAAAAGAGAUUUCGAGAUGCAUCAUACUUGUAUUGGCUUCUCUCUCAGUUGAGUCUCGAAUUGCCAAAGAGUGACGAAGAGACUAAUACUGUGUUUCAGAUGUAUUCUGACAAAGCAGAUAUUUACUACGCGUAUCACGAAGUUUACAAGUAUUUGGAAGAACCUUUUACUUCACUCAUGCCGGAAGCUCUCUUUAAUAUCUCUAGAUUUCUAUUAAUGAAGACACAAGAUAUAGAGUUAGAAGGUGUAUACAAGUUAACUAUAAUAUAUGCUCUCGUAAAGCAGGCUCGACUACUGGGUGCAAAUAAAUUAGUAAUGCAAUUAUUUGAACGACUUAGAGGAAUGAAGAUUCCGGGAAAUCUCUUAGCGCAGGCAGAGAUAUCAAUGCUGGGAGCCAGAUCAUAUCCAUAUAGAGAUCCAGAGGAAUUGUUACCAUUGUGUUACAGAUGCUCGACAUUUAAUUCCUUACUACCAGCUAGUAACGUUUCAGGAAACAGCUGUGUCCAAUGCGGACUGAAAUUCCAACACUCAUUUGUUAUGUUUGAAAUUUUACCCGUCGUUGAAUUUGAAUUGGAGGAAAGUAUCAGCGAUGAGGAGGCUGAAAAAUUAAUAGAGGAACCUUUACCAGCUUCAGAUAGUUCUGCUGUUGAAGAUCAAUUGACAAUAUCCAACAAUGUGGCGGAUUUAUUUACUGCGCGUUUGAUACGAUACGAAGAUAAAUUGGGUGACUCGAAAAUAACUGUGGGACGAGGUGUACUAAGAAGUAUGGAACCUUCCAGUGUAUUAAUAGCUAAAUGGCCUAAACCAUUCAAGACACGAUACUUUAGGAAUCUCUUACCAGAUCUUCAAAUAACAUUAUGUAAAACAUGCUUUAAGUUAUUUCAUUCUGAUGAUUAUGAAUUAUCUUUACUACGACAUGGGCAUUGUCCAUUCUGUCGGACACCUAAUGUCGCUGCAAGCCAAAGUCUUUAAAACCCCAGAUGUACACCACGGGUCUCAAAAAUUGAAGUAUUCGACCCUGGCAGACUUUAAGAAAUGAAAUCAAAAAACUCGAAGUUAUAUUUUAUUGAGAAAAAUGACAGUCUCACUAUUUUUAGAUUUUGUAUCGUACCCGUUAAAUAUUCUUUUUAUGGAAGUUUGGGGAAAUAAAAGUAUUCCGUCCAAUUGCAA